GCGAAGAAGAGUGACCUGAGCUGAGCGUAAGGGUGCCACAUCUACUCUCCUAAAAAAAGUGUACUUGAGCGCCACUGUCAAACUCAGAUUCCUUCAGGAACAACAUCAGCACUAACAGCAACAACACAAGAUAACAGAAAUCUAGCUCGCCGAUUGUUCGAUCAUGUGAGCCAUCCAUGGCAGUCGCACUCGCAUCCCGUGACCCUCGAACUAGAUUCAAAUGCGUUAAGCGCUCGAGAUGAUUCUAGCGAGUCCAGUCUAGACCAGCGCAGCUCAGUGCAGUCCAGAGCGCGUGGAGCGUGUCCCUAUCGAUCGAAGGCCCGGGCUGAUCGGCAGGCAGGCAGCGGGCGGAGAUGGCGACGUCGAUGGUGGCGCGCGGGAGCGCUCCGCUGCUGCUGCGCUCCAUGGCGCUGCUGCCGUCGCCGACAAUUGGAGCCCAGCGUUGUGCGACGUUGGUGACUCUGCGCGGAGGGCGACAGCAUUUCGUUCUGACCGGGCAAUUGCAGUCUCGCAUGGGCGCCGGGAAUUCGCCUGUCGUGCAUCAAUGUCGUCGAUGCUUCGGUGUUCGCGCCAGCGCCAGCGCGGAAGCAGAGUCAUCGGAGAAGAAACCAACUGUUGGAUUUCUUGGACUCGGAAUCAUGGGCGUCGCUAUGGCACGCAAUCUCGUCAAGGCAGGGUACGAUGUGACGGUGUGGAACAGAAGUCCAAGCAAGUGUGAUGCUCUUGUCAAAGAGGGGGCAAAGUUUGGGGCAUCUCCUAAAGGGACCUCUGCUGCAUGUGACAUCACUUUCGGAAUGCUUGCUGAUCCAGCCGCCGCGAUUGCAGUUGCUCUCGGCGAGGAUGGUGUGGUCAAAGGACUGGGACCGAACAAGGGAUACGUGGACGUAUCGACAGUUGACGCAGAAACCUCCAAAGCGAUUGCUGAGGCUGUUAGAGCUACAGGGGCACAGUUUCUUGAGGCUCCUGUAUCUGGUUCGAAAAAGCCUGCUGAAGAUGGUACCCUCAUAUUCUUGACAGCAGGGGACAGAGCACUCUACGACGAAGCAUCACCGAUUCUAGAUGUCAUGGGCAAGUCAAGAUUCUACCUCGGCGAUGUAGGAAAAGGUGCAGCCAUGAAGCUUGUGGUGAACAUGGUUAUGGGCAGUAUGAUGGCUUCGUUCUCAGAGGGAUUGGUUCUUGGAGAAAAGGUCGGACUUGACCCAGAAACUAUCGUCCAGGUAAUCGGUCAAGGUGCGAUAAAUGCACCCAUGUUUGCAAUGAAAGGACCUUCCAUGGUGAAGAGUGCAUACCCUCCAGCGUUCCCACUCAAGCAUCAGCAAAAGGAUCUGCGAUUGGCUAUCGCUCUGGCUGAGGAAGUUUCUCAAGAAAUUCCCGUGGCUGCAGCUGCUAACGGACUAUUCGUGCGCGCAAAGAAGGACGGUCGCGGUGAUGACGAUUUUUCUGCAGUAAUCGAGGCUCUGAAGUAACAGCAGGGUGUAGUACACGACUGCUGCUCCGUUUCACAGCCGGAGCAUUCCAAACAAUUGCUUGUUAGUUUUUGGAACAUACAGAGCUCUUUACAGGUCGCAAGUGUAGGAGAAUGUUGAAAGGCCGGACAUUGACUGGACUGAUCUUGGAACCGAGAGUGGUACAACUUCUACCACCAUGGUCUUACUCCAGGUCUGUAGCCGGUGGGGCGCAGUCUGAAGUCAAAUUCUGUGGUGAAGAAGUUCUGUAAACUAGGAUAUUACGCUGCUUCCAAGCGUGACUUUCAUUGUAAUCGUGGAUACGUUCAUGGAAAUGAAAACCGUUUAAAUUGAGAGUGAG